GAAUUUCAUCUUAUGGUUGUUCACAAGGAACUCUCAGCCUAACAAUGUCGGUGCUAGUAAUGACAGCAGUCCCACCAAAGUUACAGCUACUUGGAACAGGGUUGUUUUGAUAGUAGUAGCUAAUGAAGGCGUAGGAGGCAUGAUCAUGAAUGAUGUUGGGGUCGAAUUGGUGAGCAAUCAGUUCCACCGACGCCACAUGCAUAGUCUAGAGCAACUAGCAAUGCACCAGGUAGCCCCUGAAAAUGGUGGAGAAGUUCUUUUAGGAGAAUCCAUGGCUGGAGAAUACGUGUCUGAGGUUGAACUUGGAUUGAUAAAUGGAGAAUCCAUUCCAUCAGCUAGCUAGCCCCUGAUGCAAUGGGAUUGGAAAGAAUUACUGUGGGAACGGUGACCAUUUUGGGGGACUGAAUUUCUCCCGUGUCCUGUCAUUUUGUUGUUCAAGUUCAUAUAAGCCUGAGAAUCCAGUGGCUGUAAACGCUUGUUUGAGCAUAUCAUUCAAAUGGGUUUGUCUUUAGCCUGCCUAAUUCUUUCCCUCUGAUCCCACAACCUCGACUAACUACACUCCAGUUGAUUAAGGACAGUCUUAUUUAAAGGGCAACGACAGAUCUUCCUUUCACUUACAUAUCCCUUCCCAAAUACACAGCAAGUCCGAGGUAGUUGAAGGAAAUUCAGGUAGAUCAUCACUCCUGACAACAAUGUUAUGGAUAUUCCAAGCAGAACCCAAGUACAAAAAGUCCUCAAUUCAGGUGGAACCACCCCAAAACUUCCAAAAUUAAAAUAAUUAUAAAAGGAUACAAUACCCAUGGCCCAUGUGUGUAGAGACUUCUCUUUUUGGGUAGAUGGUGGCCCUGUAUUAGAUUGGUAUUGGAUAACCAAGUUUCUGCCAUGGCCACACCACAGGGAAGUUCAACACCUUCAGUCCUUCUGUGAGUUCUUCAACCAGAAGACGAGGUAAGAACGAGAACCUAAGAAUCAGAAGUGAAAAAUGUUAACAACUUAUUGUGGGCUUCCUUCACUUUCACCAAUUUCAUCAUCAAAAUUGAGCCUCUUCGACCAACCUUACCUUUCAAUGGUUGAUAAAAAUUGCACCACCAUGAGAGACCUGCAACAGAUUCACGCCCACCUCAUCAAAUCCGGCAGGGCCAAAGACUCUUUUGCUGCCAGUCGUGUUUUGGCCUUCUGCGCCUCCCCGUUGGGCAAUAUGGACUACGCAUAUCUGGUUUUUAAGCAAAUGCAAAACCCUAAUGUUUUUUGUUGGAAUACAAUAAUAAGAGGCUUCUCGCAAAGCUCGAACCCUCAAAUGGCUCUUUAUCUUUUCAUCCACAUGUUGGUUUCUUCGCAAAUAGAACCGCAGAGAUUGACUUACCCAUCAGUCUUCAAAGCUUACUCUCAACUUGGACUUGCCCAUGACGGAGCUCAGCUUCAUGGGAGGGUAUUAAAGCUAGGUAUUCAGUUUGAUCCGUUUAUCAGAAACACAAUCUUGUAUAUGUAUGCUAAUUGUGGGUUUCUGGAUGAAGCUCGUCGAAUAUUUAACCAACAAAUGGAAUUCGAUGUCGUUGCCUGGAAUUCCAUGAUUAUGGGUCUGGCUAAAUGCGGUGAAAUUGGAGAGGCGAGGAAGGUGUUCGAUAAAAUGCCUGUUAGAAAUCCAGUCUCUUGGAAUUCAAUGAUUGGUGGGCAUGUGAGAAAUGGGAUGUUCAAAGAAGCCCUGAAGCUGUUUGUCAAAAUGCAAGAACAGAGAAUCCGGCCUAGUGAGUAUACAAUGGUGAGCUUGUUAAAUGCGUCAGCCCAAAUUGGAGCACUCAAGCAAGGGGAAUGGAUUCACGAAUACAUAAAGAAGAACAAUGUAGAGUUGAAUUCCAUUGUCGUUACAGCGAUCAUAGACAUGUACAGCAAAUGUGGUAGCAUAGGGAAGGCCCUCCAAGUGUUUGAGAAAAUACCCAACAGAGCAUUAUCCAGUUGGAACUCCAUGAUCUUUGGGCUGGCAGUGAAUGGGUGCGAAAACGAAGCGGUUAUGUUGUUCAAAAUGCUGGAAUCUUCUUCUAAUCUCAAACCAGAUUCAGUUAGCUUUAUGGCUGUAUUAACAGCCUGCAAUCACGGUGCAAUGGUGGAUGAAGGCAGGGGAUUUUUCUCGCUGAUGACAAACACAUACAGAAUGGAAGCAUCAAUAAAACACUACAAUAUAAUGGUGGACAUUCUCGGCCGAGCUGGGUUUCUGGAAGAAGCAGAGCAGCUGAUAGAAACGAUGCCGGUCGAGGCAGAUUCAAUCAUAUGGGGGUGUCUACUGUCAGCUUGUAGAACAUAUGGGAACACAGAAAUGGGAAAGAGGGCAGCAGAGAAAGUGAAAGAAUUGGACCCAGAAGAGAGCAUGGGUUAUGUUGUUAUGGCGAAUAUUCAGGCGUCGACCAAUGACUUCGUGGGAGCAAUGGAGGAAAGGGUUUCAAUGAGGAUGAAGAAGGUGAAGAAAGAAGCAGGGUGCAGUGUGAUUGAAGUGGAUGAUGAAGUUCAUGAGUUCAUAGCUGGUGGAGGGAGGUCAAAUCCUAAAGCUCGAGAGAUCUACCUUGUAUUGGAUGAAUUGGGAGUAAUUCUAGGAGAUGAAACAAAUGAAUGUGGAGAUUUAGAGUUCAUCAAUGCACUACAAAUCUACUCCAAUUGACAUUAAUGAUGAUGAUAUUAAU